AUGUCCACCCUUGGCCGCAAUCUCUUCAUCGUCGCCGCCAAGCGCACCCCCUUCGGCACCUUCGGUGGUGCCCUGCGUGACCUGACCGCCACCGACCUGGCAGUGCACGCCUCCAAGGCCACCCUGGCCUCGAAGAACAUCGACCCGUCGAUCGUGGAUUCCGUGGUCUUCGGCAACGUCGCGCAGACCAGCUCCGAUGCCAUCUACCUGUCGCGCCAUGUCGCCCUGCGGUCGGACUGCCGCGUCGACAGCCAGGCCCUGACCGUUAACCGCCUGUGCGGCUCGGGCCUGCAGGCUGUGGCCACCGCCGCGCAGGAGAUCCUCACCGGCGAGGCUGAGGUGGUUCUGGCUGGUGGCACUGAGUCGAUGUCCCAGGCCCCCUUCGUUGCCCGCGGCAUCCGCUUCGGUGUCAACCUCGGCACCAACCCCGCCCUUGAGGACUACCUUUGGACUGCUCUGACUGACAACUACAUCAAGACCCCGAUGGCCAUCACUGCUGAGAACCUCGCCGUCAAGUAUGGCAUCACCCGCGAGGAGGUCGACAACUACGCCCUUCAGUCGCAGCACCGCUGGGGUGCCGCCCAUGAGGCUGGCAUCUUCGCCGACGAGCUGACCCCCAUCGAGUACAAGAGCAAGCGCGAGGUCAAGACCCUGGACUUCGAUGAGCACCCCCGGCCCAGCACCACGAUUGAGGGUCUGAAGAAGCUGAAGCCCGUCUUCAAGGCCGAUGGCAUUGUUACUGCCGGUGGUGCUUCCGGCAUCAGCGACGGCGCUUCGGCCCUCAUUGUGGCCAGCGAGGAGGCUGUCAAGAAGCACGGCCUCACCCCGCUGGCUCGCAUCGCCGGCUGGCAGUCGGUCGGUGUCGACCCCAACAUCAUGGGUAUCGGCCCCUGCCCCUCGAUCACCCGCCUUCUGGCUCGGACUGGCGUGACCCUGGACCAGAUUGGUCAGAUUGAGAUCAACGAGGCCUUCGCCGCUCAGGUUCUGGCCUGUGCCAAGGAGCUUGGUCUGGAUGCCAACCGCCUGAACAUCAACGGUGGUGCGAUUGCCCUGGGACACCCUCUCGGUGCCAGUGGCGCUCGCAUUCUUGGCCACCUGGCUCACCAGCUGGCCAACGGCAAGAACUCCUCCUCGUAUGCCCUUGGCUCGGCCUGCAUCGGUGGUGGCCAGGGUAUCGCCGUUCUGCUGGAGCGCGCCUAA